UCAUAAGGGCCCAAAAUCUCAACCUGCCCCAAUUCUCCUAUGUACUCCUAUGUAGAACCCUAAGAUUGCCCCCCACUUGUUCUUCAACUCAAAAUCCUCGGGUUUCCCAACGCAAUGAAGAUCAGGAAACAGCAUCAAGAAACCUCCGACAAUAUUAACAAACCUUCCACCUCCUCUACCUCCUCUUCCUCUUCUUCUUUUGCUCUCUCUCCCCGCAAGCGCCUCCUCUCUGGCUCCCCCAAGCCAAACAACGCCCCGGCCCCUUGCCGAAGCAGAAGCAGAAGUCGAAGCAGAAGCCGAAGCCCCACGAUCUCCGAUCACCCUCACCCGGCCCUAAAGAAAACCAGGGACCUACCCAAUCUGUCCCAGUGCCACGCCUGUGGCUUCAGAACCGACACCGGUAAUGGUAAGCAAAGACUCCAAACCCUAUACAGCGAAUGGCGCAUCGUUCUUCUUUGCAAGAAAUGUGCGGUCCGCGUGGAAUCCUCCGAAAUUUGCUCCUAUUGUUUCCAAGAAACCUUGGCUGCCGAGUGUUUCUGUUGCGGCGAAUGCAACCGACGCGUUCAUAGAGAUUGUUUUAAAAAAUAUCGAAGCGUGGCGCCGUGGUCGUAUUCGUGUUCCGGCGAGGAGUUUUCGGUUUGUGUGGACUGUUGGGUGCCCAAGCCGAUAGCUUUGUCCAGAGCGCUUUUGGGGGGUAGGAAGAUUAGGAGGAGGGACAGGAGUGGUGGUAAAGCGAGAGAUUCUAGGAUUUUGGACGGUGCGAAGUCGUUGAAAGAUGUGGCGGAAAAUGCAAAUAGCGUGGCUAAGAAGAAGAUUGAAGAGGCUGCUAAGGCCAGAGUGGAGGCCGUGAGGAAAGCAGUAGUGGCGAGGAGAGCGGGAGAGUUGGCGACUAAUGCUCUGGAUUUUGUCGCCAGUAGAGAUGAGAAUGGGGAGAAGGUGCAGAAUGUUGAUGAUGCAGAACUGGCGUUUCAGUUGCACCGGGCGAUGAAUAGCUCGCCUAGGAUUUCAAGGAACUUGUGGGAGAACAAAGGUGAUUCGUUGGUUGGAGGGUCACGCUCGGGGUAUCCUGGUGUUUGUGGGAAGCUUGAACCUGAUAGAAGUGUUUUGGAACCUGUGGUAUGUGCCGGGUCUUUGGACGGUGGUUCUUCCAUGAAUGUCAAUUGUCUAAAGUCAGUUGGAAAGAUUGAGACGAGUGGUGUCAAGGAUGGUGAAUGCCAAAUGAGGUGUGACUCUGAGUUUGGGAUUCUGGGUGUGCGAAUGGAGGGAGAGGGGAGCUGUUCCAUUAAGGUUUCAAACUCAAAUGGAGAUGAUAAUAGUAUGGACUCUGCAAACCGAUCUUCUCAUCAACAACACAAACUGACCAUGCCCAAGGAUAAACGAUACAACGGAGAGCCUGAUAGAUAUCCGUUAAAGUAUUGUAGGAGAAACCGGAAAUCAAAAGCAAUCUCUUGUGAUGGUUAAUCAAUCCUGGGCUGCUGGACUCUACUUAUAAGUUGCUCCUAGUCAAGGACAAUCUCCACUACAUUUCAGUGCUGUGCUGUGCUGUGCUGUUCUUCUUCAAGCUUCUGGUUGUGGGAAUAGAUCAUUUCGAGGUCCGUCCGGAAGUCAAUAGUUGCAAUUUAGUGGAGUGAAGAGAGUUUCAAUUCAUGAGAGAAUACAGCAAAUCUCUACUUCCUUAACGAAUACCUGAUUUAAGUCCAUGAUGUCCAUUCAUGCUUUUGCGAGUAUAGGUGCUUUUCUAGUGGAUGACUCUUCGUUGUUUCUUGGGUAACCAUUGUUGUGACUUGAUAUUGACUGUUGGUUUUUUUUUUCAGUAAAUGUUUUUUGAUAGGUCAGUAAACAAUAAUUUUAUCGAUGAUAAUAGGCAUAACCCUAUUAUAAGGGAGAUAUUGACUGCUGGAAUCGUAUAUGAAACAUUUUGUGAUAUAUAAAAAUAGUGAACAACAAAUAAAGGAAUCAUGUACUAAAGAUUUGUAAAUAGUAAGUAAGCAAUGAUGUAUCCAUAAGACAAUAUUUAUAAAAAAAAAAUGUAUCCAUAAGACAAACGUCUUUUUGGUUUCCUAUAGAAAUUGAUAUAGAAUUUUACUAUAGGUUGUACGGCUUGGUUUUCUCAUGUUGUUUGUACAGCUGAAUUCUUUCUGCCCUAUUGGAUUCUUGCUCUGCAGUCCCUCUGAACUUCUGAUUGCAUGAGAGGCUUUUUUGUCUCAAAUUUUAUGUUGUUAAUAAUACAGGACGGCCAUGAAAUUUAUUAA